AAAAUUCCAAAAAACCUCAUUCCCUUGCUUCCCUUUGUUCUCUCCGCCCACUGCACUCGCCAUCGCAGCACUUCUCACUUCUGCGUUUCACACUUUAUUUUUCUUCUUCCCUUCACUGCUUUGAUCCCAAUGCCAACUCAUUCAUAAUACCCUCUUUUCCUCCAAAUCACAAACUCAAAACACUCACCUCGUACACUGUUCCUUUGAGUUUCGAAAACAUCAUAACCGUGUCAUUGUUUUCUCCGAUUGUUACUUAAAGUAAAACAAUAUCACGUUGCUUUGAAUUGACCCUUUUGGAUCAAGGAUGAACCCCUACAUUGUUGGCUUCGUGGUUCCUCUCCUCGUACUCCUCUUCCGCAAUUCCAACAACCGCAAGCGCCGCGGCUUGCCCGCCGACGUCGGCGGUGAGCCCGGCUUUGCGGUUCGGAACCACCGGUUCGGUUCGGUUAUGAGUUCGGCUUGGGAUGGAGUGACGACUCUGGCGGAGCUGUUCGAGCGUGCAUGCAGGGAGCAUCAUGAUAGGUUGUUGCUCGGGACGCGCGAGUUGAUCGCGCGUGAUGUUGAGACCUCUCAGGAUGGAAGAACCUUCGAGAAGCUUCAUCUCGGAGAUUACCACUGGCUCACCUAUGGAAAAGUGUUUGAAUCUGUGUGUAGUUUCGCUUCUGGUUUAGCAUCGCUGGGUCAUCCCAGGGAAGAGCGUGCAGCUAUCUUUGCUGAGACCGGGGAACAAUGGUUUAUUGCAUUGCAGGGUUGCUUCAGGAGAAAUGUGACGGUUGUGACUAUUUACGCGUCGUUGGGAGAGGAAGCUUUGUGUCACUCGUUGAAUGAGACAGAGGUUACAACUGUGAUUUGUGGGCGCAAAGAAUUGGGAUCACUAAUACAUAUUAGUGGACAACUUGACUCAGUGAAACGUGUGAUAUGCACGGCUGUGGAUGUCCCAUCCGAUGCUUCAUCUGCUCAGCAUGGCUGGACAAUCACGUCCUUUGCUGACGUUGAGAGGCUUGGUAGAGAAAACCCUGUUGAGGCUGAUUUACCCCUUUCAGCGGAUGUUGCAGUUAUAAUGUACACGAGUGGAAGUACUGGAUUGCCUAAGGGUGUGAUGAUGACACAUGGCAAUGUCUUGGCAACAGUCUCUGCUGUAAUGACAAUAGUUCCAAAUCUUGGGCCGAAGGAUGUCUACCUAGCAUACUUGCCAAUGGCUCAUAUCCUUGAAUUAGUAGCUGAGAAUUUGCUUGCAGCUGUUGGAGGUUGUAUAGGAUAUGGAACUCCUUUGACUCUAACUGAUUCAUCAAACAAGAUAAAAAAGGGAAAAAAAGGGGACGCCACAGCAUUGAUGCCAACUGUGAUGGCAGCUGUACCAGCAAUUCUUGAUCGUGUACGUGAUGGAGUGCUCAAGAAGGUAAAUGCAAAGGGAGGAUUAUCAAAGAAAUUGUUUGAUUUAGGCUAUGCUCGAAGGUUGAGUGCAAUUAAUGGUAGCUGGUUUGGUGCUUGGGGCUUGGAAAAAGCUCUAUGGCAUUUUCUUGUGUUCAAAAAGGUCCAAGCAAUUCUGGGUGGUCGCAUCCGAUUUAUACUGUCUGGCGGUGCUCCCCUUUCUAGUGAUACCCAAAGAUUCAUCAAUAUUUGUCUUGGUGCUCCAAUAGGUCAAGGAUACGGUCUCACAGAGACUUGUGCUGGUGGGACAUUCUCUGAUUUUGAUGAUAUAUCUGUGGGUCGUGUUGGACCACCUCUUCCUUGCUCAUAUAUUAAGCUAAUUGAUUGGCCUGAAGGUGGAUAUUCAACUAAUGACUCACCGAUGCCUCGUGGUGAAAUUGUAGUUGGUGGUCCAAAUGUCACUCUGGGGUACUUCAAAAAUGAAGAAAAGACAAAAGAAUCUUACAAGGUUGAUGAAAGAGGAAUGAGGUGGUUCUACACUGGUGAUAUAGGGAGAUUUCAUAAAGAUGGUUGCCUUGAGAUCAUUGAUCGGAAGAAGGACAUAGUUAAACUACAGCAUGGAGAAUAUGUGUCUUUGGGAAAGGUUGAGGCAGCUCUUCUUGUCAGUCCCUUCGUGGAUAAUAUUAUGUUGCAUGCUGAUCCUUUUCAUAGCUACUGUGUGGCACUCGUGGCGGUUUCUCAUCCCACAUUGGAGCAAUGGGCUUCAGAGCAAGGAAUUUCUUAUUCUGAUCUUUCAGAACUGUGCGGGAAAGAAGAAAGUGUGAAGGAGGUCUAUGCAUCGCUUUCAAAGGAAGCAAAGAAGGCUCGUUUGGAAAAAUUUGAGAUUCCUGCAAAAAUUAAGCUGCUUUCUGAUCCAUGGACUCCAGAAUCUGGCUUAGUCACUGCAGCUCUUAAGAUCAAGAGAGAUGUCAUUAGAAAGACUUUUCAAGAAGAGCUCUCAAAGUUAUAUGCCUCGUAGUCGAGACCAAAUUUGGAUCUGGGUACUCAUCCUAGUGAAAGAAGCUACUUUUACAUUUUCCUUUUUCCUUUUUGUGGGGUUCUUUAUUUUUUUAUUUAAAAUUAUUUUUCCAUUUUAAGUUAUAUUUAUCAUGCUAGUGAGGCUUAUCACGAGUAGAAGGCCAAAAUGUUGAAUAACUUGAAUUUGCAGAGUAGUGAACUUUGUCAAACCUUUUUAUGUUUUAUCAAUCUUUCCACCAUAAAUUUAGCUCCU